AUGCUUUAUAUGGAGAAUGGUGAAUAUGGUAAAUCUUUAUUUUUAUGCCAAUCAAUAAUUAGCAUGUUUUCCAAAAGAUCCAGAUUCUUAUGGUUUGAGAAGUUUAUUUUUUAAAUAAAUUGA